GGUCAGACGAGCAGGCCGGAGGGACAUGCGGAGAUGGAGGGCGGCGGGAAGGGCGCCUGGGCCACCCUGGUCAUCCUGGCUGCACUAGCAGCUUCUGGAUCCAGCUAUCAAAUCAUAGACGGUCCCAAGAACCUCACGGUCCUGGCGGGCUCAGAGGCCCGCUUCAACUGCACCGUCUCCCAGGGCUGGAAGCUCAUCAUGUGGGCUCUCAACGGCACGGUGGUCCUGAGCCUCACGCCCAGCGAGCCCAUCAUCACCAACGAGCGCUUCACCUCCGCCAGUUACCAAGUGGACGGCAACUUCGUCUCUGAGAUGGUCAUCCACGACGUGCAGCUCAACGACUCCGGACGCAUCCGGUGCAGCCUGCAGAACAGCGACCUGGACGCCACCGCCUUCCUCCAAGUGCAAGUCAUGGGAGACUUGCACAUUCCCGGAGACAGUCUGAGAGUCGUAGAGGAUGAGCCUUGCAAUGUCACUUGUCGCGCUUCCGGCUGGACCCCACUCCCACAUAUUUCCUGGGAGGUCGGAGUCCCUGUGAGCCAUUCCAGCUAUUUUUCCACCCCGGAGCCGGGCGACCUACAAAGUGCAGUGAGCAUCCUCACGCUCACGCCGCAGGGCAACGGGACGCUGACCUGCGUGGCCGCCAUGAGGAGUGUGCAGGCUGACAAGACUGUGAGUGCGAACCUUACUGUGGUUCCGCCUCCCCCGGCACGAGUGGGAGGACAGCACCAACGAGGUGGCUGCUGGAGGAAAAAGCAGAGAGAGAGGGCGGGCAACAGAUCCUGUGCUGGAGCUUGGAGGGGGGCUGUGCCAGAGCCACGCCCCGAGGGCCUUUAGAAGUGACUCUCCAUUAACUUCUCCUUAGUUGCUUCGGGCUCAGGGCUCUCAGUGGGUGGGGACAAGGAAGCGAGCGAGCGGCACAUGCCAAUCUCCCAGUCCUGUGUCAGGGAGGCUGCUCAGCAGGUGUCCCUGGGCUCAAUCGAGGGACCAGAGCGUGACGAAGGUGUCUUAGUGCGGAGCCUCGGUGUCUCAGUGUGUUUUCUGGUGCUGUACCCGAGGGCAGGGCGGAUGCAAAGGGAAGAGGUUCAUUUAGCUCACAGCUCUGGAGGUACAAGUUCUCCAGUGCACCAGCUUCUCUCAGUGCUGUCUAGCGCCUCCCGGAGGGUGGGUGGAGAUCCUCGUGGAAGAGGUCACGCAGUGAGACAGGAGGCCAGAGGGAAUCUUCUAUAGGAAUUCGCCUCUGCAGGAAUUAACUGGGCUGCCAAGAAGUGCACUAACCCCUUCUGGGGUGGGGUGGGGGGCUCUCAGUGACCUACCCACCUUCUGCUGGGCCCUGCCUCUUAGUGGGGCUCCCUCUCCCAAAGAUGCCAUUACUUCUUAACACCACCGCUUUGGGGACCAAGCCUCCAGGACAGGCACUCUGGGAGAGAAGCCACACCCACAGCACAGCACUUAGGGGGUUGUCACACCUGCCCAGUCUUAGCUGCUUCCCAGGAGCAUUAGAGGUGUUGACCAACUGAUACUAAGGCUGAUGGACCAGGCACGUGUUUGCUGGGGGCCGCGAGUAUUGCCAUGGAUGGAAUUGUGGAGUGCUGGAUAAUUGAACGUGUGAAGGGAAGUCGGCCAUCACAAGGCAAAUAAUUAAAACGCUACUGGGAAGCACCUGCAAUUCGUCAUGUGACAGAAUCUGUGACACUAAAACAUUUCCUCCUUUC